AUAAACACGGCUAGCAUAGCAUGCUAGGUCACUAGCUGCGUUAGCGAUGGUGCAACAAGACUCGAUGAGGUCCCUUUUCAUUUAGUUCUGCGAUAUUAAAGAGCUAGUCAGUUGUGCUGUACUGUAUCUAUGCGCCCGAAAAUUAAAGGCAAGAAAACACUGAUCAUGACCUUAGCUCGGAUACAGAAGAACAAAGUGUGAAGCUCCACUUGGUGAGUUCCCUUCCAGGCACAUCGGCCAAUGUCAGUCUGACCUCGAGACCUCUGCUCUCAACUAGCAUGAAAAUGGCUAACUCUGAAAAGGCAGAGGGAUUUGUGGAUGCUGAAAGCCUCACGGAAUGCCUUGACAACACAGAAGCCGCCGUCAACGCCUCCCUCCAAGAAGACCAGGACGCAAUCCUCAAAACAGAGACCACGACCACCACCAGCUCACCGACGAGGGACAAGGAACUGGACAGCGCCUCCCAGACGGAGGGCGAGCCGGGCCUGCUCUCCAUGCCCUGCCUUAUGAAGGAGCUCCGCAGGGACUCCCCGGAGUCCCAGCCGGCCUCCACCGGGAGCGACAAACCGGCCUCCCGCCAUGUUUACGAGAGCGACUCCUCCAAUCCCUGCAUGCUCUCCCCAUCCUCCAGCGGCCACCUGGCUGACUCAGACACUCUCUCCUCGGGGGAGGACAGUACCGACUCCCGAGUGCCCAACCAGGGAGAAGGCAACAUGGAGACCGGUGCGGAUCCAGCGCCGACCGGAGAAGGGAAAGCACGGCCAGUGUUGGUCGGGGGGAGGAAGUCUCGGCGAACACGCUCAGAGAGUGAGAUGCCCAGCAACGCCAUGGCGGCCAAAAAGAACCGCUGCCAGCACAUGGGGGCCGCGGUGGGCGGAGUGCCAGAGAAGCAGACCAACGGAAAGCUGUCCAAGGUGAAGGGUCACCGCAGCCAGAAGCACAAGGAGCGCAUGCGCCUCCUCAGGCAGAAGAGGGAGGCGGCGGCGAGGAAGAAGUACAACCUGCUGCAGGACAGCAGUACGAGUGACAGCGAGCUCACGUGCGACUCAAGCACCAGCUCCUCUGAGGACGAGGAUGACGACACCUCGGGGGGGAGCAAGACUAUCAACACAGACAUCCCAGACGGUCCAGCAGUAGUGGGUCACUAUGAUAUUUCAGACACUGAUUCUAACCGGGAGAGUAUGAGUGUGGAGACAGUCCGAGCCACGGUGAUAAAGAGUGAGCUAAAAGCACACAGAGGCCAGGAUAAGGCAGCACACUCUGGAUGUAUAAAAGCACGGGGCAUCCUCGCAGGACGCGUGGAGACCGGACUCUCCGACAGGGAGAGAGCGCGGCGCCAGGGCCAGAUUAACAUCGCGUCCUCAGACAGCGAAGUGGAAAUAGUGGGAGUGCAGGAAAACACACGGUAAAGAAAGCAUCCACUGGGUGUGCCCAUCCUUGUGGCGGAGUGAUCAAGAGUUUGUCUUCGUGGAAGUGCAAACCGACGGAGCAGCUAAACACCAGGCAGCCCCCGCUGUGGACGUCGGCCUCCACACAGCCCCCCUGUGUGUCCCCUCCUGAGGUGGUGGACCUCACGCUGGACGAAGACACUGGACACAAAUACUUACUAUGAAGGACGGUCCAUAUACUAAAGACAACCUACCGUUUGGUUCUUCCUCCCUCAAUCCUUCAUCAUCUGGCCUACACCUUAUAACCUUCAUAGUUACUCACACCUGCUGUGACUGAGGUCUUUCUUGUCCAUUUCCUUUCUGUUUUAAAGUAUUAUUUGUAACCAACUGUUGGAGAUGUGCGUGUGAAAAGGACUCUACUGAAUGGAUUUCACAACCAUUGUUUUUACACUAAUAAUCAGUAGAUUACCCCCCCAUCCCAUUGGAGACUAGCCGUAAGUAUGCUUGAUUAAGCAAUGAAGCUGUUGACUAAGAGUAGGCCAGUAUGCAUGGCGUCUGAUCAGUGGUACAACAGGUGUACGCAUAUAAACCAUACACAUCUAAAGACUGGGUUUGCAGUGUCUUAGUUUAUCAAUGGCAGCUCAAACAGUUCCCUUUUGCAAGGAAUAGAACAUAAAUGGAUGGCUGUUGGCUUUGUCUGUCGAAGUGUAAUAUUUUGAGUUUUGGUCGUAUCACUGGCUCUUCACUUAGUUCACGCUGCAUCAAUAUGCAUACCUUUGGGCUUUUGAUGCUGUUAUGGGCUGUCUUUUCUGUUAUUUUAUGAUGCUUUGUUUGUUAGUGUUAAAACAAAUGUAUUUUAUCUUAAUUUUGAAAUGGAACAAUAGAAAAACAAACCACUGAUCAAAAUUGCCAUCAGAGGACACAUGAGACUCGGGUGAUACCAUGAACCAGGUUCCCACAACCUCUGCUUCAGUGUGUAAGCUCUUUGAUGGAGAUAAUCUGAGAUGUUUGCCAGGUGAUGUGGUUUUGGUGAAUGUAGGACUCACUACACUGUACUGCUUCACUUAAGCCUAUAUUGUGUGAAUGAAAAAUUCCAACAUUUUUGAGAAAAUUCUAUUAUUUUUUGGAAACUGAAGAAAUCGAUCUGACAUUGAAUAUUGCAAAACCCGGACGGCCUGAAAUGUGCACUAUUUUGUUUUACUCGUAUAAAGCCUAUUUAUUAGUUGCAAAAUGUUUUUGCUACUUCAACAGCAUAUUUUAUUAAUAUAUGUGAAUUGAUAGUGAAUAAAUAUCAAGCUGAGGAGUUUUGCCUCCACAUUUGAGGGGCUUAUUAGAGUCUAACUUGGGUAUAUACAGUUGUUAGCCCUCAUGCUCGGGCCAGCUUGCUCUUCUUCCUCUGGUCCAGCUGUUUUCUGAUCAUGUACCGCUGCCCUUCGUAGACUGCAGCCACUACAGUUUAUCAUUUAGUUUUAUCCAACAUUUACUACCAUUACUACUCUCUUGCGCCACCCCAGAUUGGUUAUAUGCCACCGUUUCACAUCACAUCUCCUUCUGCACGAGGAAUACAACGUCUUGUUCAGUUUCUUCUAGUUACAGACCAGGAACUAAACCAAAGAAUACAUAUAUUUUAGAUCUCAGACUCUUUUAUUUGAAAGCGGAGGGGGGGGUAUCAGCUACAAGCGCCUGCCGUCCAUAUGGGCAGGUGGGGCAGCGAACUACUUGCAAAAGCAUGCUCCCAAAAACAAUAUCCUCAGUAAAUAAUUGCUCCAUGUCUAUAUUGAAUAAUGUGAUUGUCUCAUUAACUACCUAUAGUUUCUGUAGGCUUUCCAACUAUUAUUGAUCUGUUGACAUCAAAUUGGAUGGAUGAUGGUGGCGAUUCUAGUUGAGUUUAAUGUGUCAGGCAAUGUUGGGGAAGGGCAGCUCAUCGAUCACGUUCUUCCGUAUGUUUAUCGCAUAACCCUGCAGGCUUCAAUAAGGAAUUCAAACCGCGCUAAAAGACGCCUAUAUGGUCGUUAAGUAGUCUGCCCCAUGGUCAUAUUCUAGAACUGUUGUUUUAACUUCCGCCAGUAUCUUUCGUUUCUUUAUCAGAUGCAGAUAUUGCGAGGGUGUUGCCCCUGUGAUUAACAGUGUUGAGUUUCUGUUGAAAAAACAAACAUUUGAGAGGUUAAAAUUGGAAGAGAAUUAAUUUUUAAAUCGUCCACUGCUUUACUUCGGUUAAUAAGACUAAACCUGCGUUUUACGUUUCCCAGUGCUCAACUCAGCCAUUUACUUUUUUAUAAUUCUUUCUGCUUAGCCAGUUUUCUCAAUUUCCUGACAAAACGACAUGCUCUCACUUCUGCCCAUCAGGCUAUUUCCCCAUGUGUUUAUUAAAUAAAGUUAUCAAUAUACAAUAUUCCCCUGUAGCUCUAGGGCUUGUGGUUGGGAAGAUACUGCAGUGAUGCUUUGCUAAAGUUGCACAUAGCAUGCUUUGUCACAUGUGUAACCUCAAUUACUAUCCUCACUACCGGUUCUUGUCAUUUCGUUACUUCCGAUUGAUUUCAGUGUUUUGUCAAUGUUUUAAAUUAACAUAAAAGAGUGUUGAUACUUUGUUGCUUUUGCAAGACCAUGACAUUGUUGAAAAUGUUAUCUGUAGAACAAAAGCGAACUAUUUUAAAAAUGUAAUAAAUAGAAUAUUAUUUAUAA